AUGACACCAAGAAAUAGUACUGAAGUGACUGAAUUCUUCCUUCUGGGAUUUGGUGUCCAACAUGAGUUUCAGUAUUUCCUCUUCACUGUAUUUCUGGUCAUCUAUGGGACCUCCAUGGUGGGUACUAUUGGAAUGAGCCUACUCAUCAAGACAGAUUCCAGACUCCAAACACCCAUGUACUGUUUCCUACAGCAUUUGGCUUUUGUUUAUAUCUGUUUCACCUCUGCUGUCACUCCCAAGAUGAUGCAAAACUUCAUAAUAGAAAAUAAAUCAAUCUCAUUCAAGGGCUGUGUCAUACAAUUAUUGGUUUACACAACAUUUGUAACGGGUGACUGUUACCUCCUUGCUGCUAUGGCGGUGGACCAUUAUGUGGCCAUCUGCAACCCGCUUCACUCUCCCACCGUCAUGUCCCGAAGGGUCUGCAUCCAGUUGGUAGCUGGUUCGUACAUCAUGGGCUCCAUAAAUGCCUCUGUGCACACAGGUUUUACAUUUUCACUGGUCUUCUGCAAGGGCAAUACCAUCAAUCACUUUUUCUGUGACAUUCCUCCAGUUCUUGCCCUCUUCUGCUCCAACACUGACAUCAACAUCAUGCUACUUUCUGUCUUUGUGGGAUUUAAUCUGACAUCCACUGUGUUGGCCAUCAUCGUUUCCUACAUGUUUAUCCUGGCUGCCAUCCUGAAGAUCUCUUCCAAUGCAGGAAAGAAAAAAGCCUUCUCCACCUGUGCCUCCCACCUGACAGCAGUCACCAUUUUCUAUGGAACCCUCUCUUACAUGUACUUACAGUCUUAUUCGCAUAAUUCCCAUGAAAAUAGGAAAGUGGCCCCUGUAUUUUAUGGCAUUAUGAUUCCCAUGUUGAAUCCCCUGAUCUAUAGUUUGAGAAAUAAGGAGGUAAAAUAA